GACCGCUGAGAGCAUGUGUCAAUUAAAUUGCAGGCGAUAAACGGAGAAGCAAUGAUGCACUUUGCCCUCUUAGCUCAUUUUUGAACACACCUACAAUGCUUCGGACCACGUAAAAACGCUUUCACGAUCGAACCUAGCUAUCUAUCUAUUGUAGUGCCGUAGUAUUAUUUGUAAGCACAAUUUCAUACAAGCGGUAAACGCCGUUACAGGUUAGGCACGUGGUCAACAAGUCUACCGAAUCUGUUGUACAUGUUAUAGUUUAAAACUAUAAAUACAAUAAUUAUUUCCUAACUAAGGUUUGAGGAUUCUUAAUUUACAAGCGAAGAAUGUCAUUUCGUGGACGUGGGGGAGGAGGUUUUGGUAGAGGAGGUGGAGGUGGAGGAGGUUUUGGUAGAGGAGGUGGAGGAUUCCGUGGAGGUAGAGGUGGUGGCGGAUUUCGUGGAGGUCGUGGAGGAGGUGGUGACAGAGGAGGCCGGUUUGAUCAAGGUCCUCCCGAAACAGUGACUCCUUUAUGUCAUUUUCAAUGGACAGUACAAAAUGAUUUAGUUGCUAAAGUUGAUAUUGAACAAGUACCAUACUUUAAUGCACCAAUUUACACAGAAAACAAACAACAGAUAGGAAAAAUAGAUGAAAUUUUUGGAAAUAUCCGAGAUUAUUACGUAUCCAUUAAAUUAUCAGACAAUGUCAAAGCAUCUAGUUUUGAAAAGGACCUUAAGUUAUUUAUAGAUCCUGCAAAGUUAUUACCUCUUCAAAGGUUUUUACCAAAGGCUCCUGGAGAAAUAACGAAACGUGGUGGUGGUCGUGGUGCCAGAAGAGGUGUUGGCGGACGUGGUGGUCGUGGCGGACCCAGAGGAGGUCGAGGAGGAUUUGGAGGUGGUGGAGGUUUCGGCGGUGGUAGGGGUGGUGGAAGUUUCGGAGGUGGUAGAGGUGGAGGUGGUUUCAGAGGACGCGGCGGUGCUGGUGAUAGUGGAGGCGGUGGCCGUGGAGGUCGAGGACGGGGGAGGUGGUAGCGAUAAUUACGAAUAACGACAUAUUUACGCCAAUGACGAGAACGAAUGAAAAGGAACUAUUAAAAUACAAUGUAAAAUAGAGUUCUAUUUUCUAUUUUUGGAAAAAUGCACUUCCACAUACCAAUAUGUUAAUGUCCGACGUAUUUAGAAUGUUAAAUAAAAUAAUUUUCGUGAA